CAAUAACUAUAACCACACAAACCCCAAUUAAACCCUCAUCUUCCCUAUCCUUCUUCUCGGAAACAAAAAAAAAAAAAAAAAUAUAUAGCUUCUUCUUCUUCUUCUUCUUCUUCAUGGCAGGAGAAUAUUCCGGUAGCCGGAGUUCCAACACGCAGCUUCUUGCUGAACUCGAAGCCUUAAGUGAAAACCUCUACCAGAAACCUCAGGUUUCAGUCGGUAACCGGAGAACCAACUCUCUCGCUCUCCCGCGCAGUUCUGUUCCAUCGCUUGUUACCUCUGCCGAUGAAGUGAGUACAGCACGAAUUGAGGAUCUGACAGUAUCGAAGCCCCGGGCUCGGCGUUUGUCGUUGUCUCCAUGGCGGUCGAGACCAAAGCUUGAGGUAGAAGAGGAAGAGAAUGUGACUGACAACAACAGAAGUGUCAAGAAACCAGAGGAGUCGUCAUCUGGAUUUAGUGGCAAGGAAGAGAAAAAAGGGAUAUGGAAUUGGAAGCCGAUUCGAGGGCUGGUUCGGAUCGGAAUGCAAAAAUUGAGCUGUUUGUUGUCAGUGGAGGUUGUGGCGGCGCAGAAUCUUCCAGCGUCGAUGAACGGUCUACGCCUCGGGGUUUGCGUGAGGAAAAAGGAAACGAAAGACAGUGCCGUUCAGACGAUGCCGUGUAGGGUUUCGCAGGGUUGUGCGGAUUUUGAAGAGACGUUGUUCAUCAAGUGCCAUGUAUACUACUCGCCAGCGAACGGGAAAGGUGCUCCGGCCAAGUUUGAGGCUCGUCCGUUUUUGAUUUAUCUCUUCGCCGUGGACGCCAAGGAACUUGAGUUUGGAAGGCACGUUGUGGAUUUGAGCGAGUUGAUUCAGGAGUCAGUGGAGAAGAUGAGUUACGAAGGAGCUAGGGUUAGGCAAUGGGAUAUGAGUUGGGGGCUUUCAGGGAAGGCUAAAGGAGGUGACUUGGUUCUUAAAUUAGGGUUUCAGAUCAUGGAGAAAGACGGUGGAGCUGGGAUUUACGGUAAACAAGGUGAAUUUGGGAUAAAACCGACUAGUAAAGCUAAGAAUUUCUCUGGUUCCUUCGCGCGAAAGCAAUCGAAGACGUCGUUUAGUGUUCCGAGCCCGAAGAUGACAAGCCGGAGCCAGGCCUGGACACCAGCGAGUGGCGUGGAGCCAGGAUCGGAUCUUCAAGGGAUGGAACAUUUGAAUCUGGAUGAGCCCGAGGAGAAACCGGUUCAGAAAACAGAGGAACCAGAACAGAGAGCCGAAGAAGAUGAGCAGGAGGAACCUGAUUUUGAAGUUGUGGACAAGGGAGUCGAGUUUGAUGACGACAUAGAAACUGAGAAAUCUUAUGGAACCGUUGGUGAAAGAUCCGUUGAGAUGAAGGAACAACAUGUUAAUGUUGAUGAUCCUCGGCACAUAAUGAGACUUACAGAGCUUGAUUCGAUUGCAAAACAGAUCAAAGCGCUCGAAUCAUCGAUGAUGAAAGACGAGAGUGAUGGAGGAGACGGUGAAACAGAGUCACAAAGGCUAGAUGAAGAGGAACAAACGGUGACAAAGGAGUUUCUUCAGUUGCUUGAGGAUGAAGAAACCGAAAAGCUCAAAUUCUACCAGCACAAAAUGGACAUCUCCGAACUGCGGUCUGGCGAAUCCGUAGACGAUGAAUCAGAGAAUUACCUCUCAGAUCUCGGGAAAGGUAUUGGUUGUGUUGUUCAAACAAGAGACGGUGGUUACUUAGUUUCUAUGAACCCUUUCGACGCGGUCGUCAUGAAGAAAGACACGCCUAAGCUCGUUAUGCAAAUCUCGAAACAGAUUGUGGUACUACCAGAAGCCGGACCAGCGACUGGAUUCGAACUAUUUCAUAGAAUGGCGGGUUUGGGUGAGGAAUUAGAGUCGAAGAUAUCUUCGCUUAUGGCGAUAGAUGAGCUAAUAGGGAAAACAGGGGAGCAAGUUGCUUUCGAAGGAAUUGCAUCAGCAAUUAUACAGGGAAGGAACAAAGAGCGAGCGAACACGAGCGCAGCGCGGACUGUUGCAGCUGUUAAAACGAUGGCUAAUGCGAUGAGCAUCGGAAGAAGGGAAAGAAUAAUGACCGGAAUCUGGAACGUGGAGGAGAAUCAAAUGACGUCGGCAGAGGAGGUUUUAGCCGCCUCUUUACAGAAACUAGAGGAAAUGGUGAUUGAAGGACUAAAGAUUCAAGCUGACAUGGUGGAGGAUGAUGCUCCUUUCGAGGUUUCUGCUGCCAAAGGUCAGAAGAAUCCACUCGAAACGACCAUUCCGCUUGACGAGUGGCAAAAGGGGAAUCGAAAGCAGAAAACGCUAACGGUUUUGGCGACAGUACAGCUCCGGGACCCGACAAGGAGAUAUGAGGCGGUGGGAGGGACAGUGGUGGUAGCGGUGCAAGCGGAAGAGGAGGAAGAGAAAGGGUUAAAGGUAGGAAGUUUGCACAUUGGCGGAGUGAAGACAGAUGCAACUGAGAAGCGGAGGCUCACGGCGGCGCAGUGGCUUGUGGAACACGGAAUGGGGAAGAAAGGGAAGAACAAGAGUAAUGUAAAGAAGAAGGACAAGGGAGCAGAGGAGGAGGCAAUAUUGUGGAGCUUGUCAUCUAGAGUUAUGGCAGAUAUGUGGCUCAAAUCUAUAAGGAACCCUGAUGUGAAAUUGCAUAGCUGAUCUUGGAGAUAUUCAUAUUAUACAAUAUAAGAUGCAUUUGUUUAUUCUAUGUUUUGUAUAUUAUUCAAGAGUUUCAACUUACCUUCCACCAACCAAUAGUAAAAUUUGUUUUACCAAAAA